UUCCCACUGACUAAAGCAAUCUGUGCGAUUCAAAAAAAUCCGCAGCAUUCAAAACUUUUCCGUUCAUUCACUGAGGGGGAAAAACGUGAGCUGAGGCUUUACUUUGCUGUUAUGAGAAGCAGCCGCAGCUCCUCUGAAUGAAAGCAUUCUUCAGUGCGGGUGACCAAUAACUUUUCUUCAUUCUGUGGUCCAUGUUUGACGCGUCAGCCAGGCGCGCCCACUGCACAUCUCAGCUCCUCUGCACACAGUGUCACGGAGCGGAGUUUGGAUGGACUCACGGAAAGACUACACAUGCCGCACAAAGAGGUUUGCAGCCGAUUGGGGAAGUUACGGACAAGGCCCAGCAAAACGGAGCUAAACGGCUAAAAGUUAGCGGUCACGGUCAUCCGGGGGCUGUCGGUGUUUUCCGAUCCAAACAGUGAUUAAAAAAAGGAGCGCUGGACUUUUAGAUUGCUUCACCACAGAGGUUACAUCCGUGCAACAAUGGGCGACUCCGGCGAGGACUAUGGAAACUACACUUACGAAUACUACCUGGAGUACGGCGACCUGGAGGAACUAAAAGUAGAACACAGACAGAAGGAAACUAUGCACAUCAUCUCAGUGGUCAUCUACAUUAUUUCCUUCGUCCUCGGUCUGAUUGGAAAUGGAACUGUCAUCUGGGUGACGGCAUUUAAAAGCAAAAAGACAGUCAACAGUACUUGGCUGCUCAAUCUCGCCAUGGCGGACUUUGUGUUUGUGCUUUUCCUCCCUUUCUACAUAGAUUACAUCCUGCGGGACUUCCACUGGGACUUUGGUGUGGUCAUGUGUAAGAUUAACUCAUUUGUGUCUGUGAUGAACAUGUACGCCAGUGUGCUGUUUCUCACCGUGCUCAGCAUAGACAGAUAUGUUUCUCUAGUCCACCUCAACUGGUCUCAGAAGUAUCGCACCAUACAGAGGGCCUGGUGUGUAUGUGGUUGUAUAUGGGUGCUUGCUGCCAUCACGAGCUGCCCUGCGCUGAUUUUUCGAGACACCAUGCGUCUACACGACAAGGUUGUGUGCUUCAACAAUUUCCACACACAGGACGGACAUACGGCUGCCAUGAGACACAUUAUGAUAGUGGUGAUUCGAACCACUGUGGGCUUUCUUUUGCCUUUUACUGCCAUAUGUGUGACUGGUAUACUUCUGACAAUCAAAGUGAAUCAAUCUGGUGGUUCGGUUCGGCUGUCCAGUUUCUCCAAAACGGUCUCUGCUGUAAUUCUCGCCUUCUUUUUAUGCUGGGCACCUUUUCAUGCUUUCAGCUUGAUGGAGUUAUCUAUACAUUCCUCACUGUACCUUCACAGCAUACUGAAAGCUGGCUUCCCUCUCGCCACCAGCUUAGGCUUUUUUAACAGCUGCAUUAACCCUCUCCUGUAUAUGCUCCUGGGCAAAAAGGUGCGGCGUAUACUGAAGCGUGCAUGCCUGGACAUUACUAAGAGUUCACUGAGAGAGCUAAGCCAGUCAAUCUCUGCCACUGAGAUGGAGUCUUUGCCCGAAGUUCAACAGGACAGUGUGCCAGAGGAGCCCGUGGAGUUGUCGACUCUAUGAUUACAACCAUCCUCAGACCGUAGUCGUCGUCUAUGAAAAACAUUAACCAGGGUAAGACUGGCUAUUGCUUUAGAGUAAAUGUGGACGAUUACCGAAGCUGUUCUUUCCAGCUGUAGUGUUAAGAUUUUCCAGUUUUGUUUCAUUUGGACAGAGUUAGGCAUAAUAACUCUCGAUGGAAAAGCUGAGUUCAAGUGUGUCUAUCGUGCACAUGGAGUCAGACCUUUCCAAUUGUUUUUAAUUUGCAUAAUAAGUGAUUUGCAGAGAAAGGUGAGAUGAAAUCAGAUCUGAAACAGCUGAUUGGUUGAGCAACAGAAAAUUAAUCUGCAAGUAUUUUGAUAAUCAACUAAUCAUUUAAAUAAUAUAAAGAAACAAAGUAUUCUCUUGUUACAGGCUCUCAAUUGUGAGAAUUUGCUGCUUGAAUAUAUUCGUCUUCCAUGCUAGUACACUGAAUAUUUUUGGGUUGUGGACUGUUGCUUGGACAAAGCAAGCAGUUUGAAUUUGUUUUGCUGUUUUCUGUCAUGCUAUAGACCAAGAAGAAAACUGGCAUAUUAAUCAGUAAUGAAAGUAAUCAUUAGUUGCAGCCUCAUAUCAAAUGCAUUUCAUUUAUUGCUGUUUUUGUUUUUAAUUUUUUUUUUAUAGUUGUACUCCUGAAGCAGGGCAUCUUUGGUUCUUAGAGAUGAGAUAUACUGCAUAAAUCUAUAUGUAGUCUAACACUAGGUACCACU